GUAGCGGCGAUUCCGUCCCGGACUAUUUACAAGCGUGGGAUAGAAAUGUUAUUUUCGAGAGGUUUUGCAACGAGAGCAUCAGUAUUUUCCACGGGUUUACCCUCUGGAUUACAGUUCAUUUAUAUCGCGAGUCAAUCGAAGCCGAAGCCAUGAAUGUGUGAACGGGCCUAAAGGAACUAUAUAACUACAUCAGCUGGAUCCGAUUAGACAGCGCUGCAGUAGGUCAAACGAGACUCCUUACUCCCACGUUCUAAUGAGGUCACGGCAAUGCUGACAUCCCCUCUGAAUCCAAAGACAUCAUCAUGCUGAAGACGGAGGCCUCGGGGGAGAGGACCAGCCUCCGGAGUGCCUCCCCCCACCGCAAUGCCUACCGGGCUGAGUUUCAGGCACUCAAGAAGGCCUUUGACCAGCCUCGGAUUGAUGGAGACUCAAAGCCCAAAGACCUCGAACGGGUGAAACAACCAAGGGGUCGCCAGUAUGGCGGCCAUGUCAGCCGCAUCAAGGACAUGUUCAUGCAGAUGGGCACAGAACCUACAGCAGCUAAGACCAGGGGUCGAGAAGAAUCCUCACCACAGAAGCUAGUCAAGCCCACCAACUUCAUCAACAAGGCUGACGGAACAGUGAUAAGACUCCAGCAUUCCUCAUCAGCCGAAAGGGUUGGAGGUGCUGGAGCAAAGUUCUCUGAAACCAGGAAGCUGUUUGAACAGCAGUUACGUGACCAGUCCCAAUCACCAGUCUUUCCCGGCGGACGUGAUAAAAGGGGUUCCCAUGAGCACCUGGAUGAUUGGCGAGGUUCAAGGUCCAAUCGAGGCAGCACAGACUCGUUGGACUCACUUUGCUCCAGAACAGAGGCGUCAUCGCCAACUGUUAGUCAACUCAGUGCUGUUUUUGAAAAUGUCGACCACCACAGUCAGGGUGCGCUCUACAGAGGAGUCAGCAGACGGGCCCUGUACUCACCAGAUGGAUUCAAUCGCCAGGGAGGUGAUGUCAGUGAGGAUGAUUCACGACAAUCUCCAGUUCAGGGAACCUACCGGAGCAGGAUAGGGGGAAAGUUGCCCACAUCCUCAUCCUCUGAGGACCUCCUGAGCCCCAGUCCUGGGGCAGAGACUGCAGAGUUGAAACCAGCUCCAAAAGAGGAGGAAGCCCAAGACAAACCUGAUGGAACAACAGGCGCAGACAGACAGCGUCUCUCUGGUGCCACCAUUAAUGGAAGCCAGGUCAAUGGAUCAUGUGAAGAAGAGGAGAAAACCACAGAGACAAAAAAAUAUAUUGAGGAUCUAAUGGUGUCCAAAGCUUCAAAACCUUCAGAUGAUGCAGUGGUUACCAACAAAGCUUUCGAGGACGCCACCCCUGAUCCUCUACCGACCCCGACCACACCACUUGGGGAGAGCCAGGAGGACCGGGAUGCUACAAGAGAAGAAAAAACCUCUGAAUCUCCCAAGGACCAGGUGGAUGAAGUGGAUGAGGAAUACGCUGGGAAUGAGCGAGUGAUUUUUAACGCAGAUGGAGAUGCCUGUUACCAAGGUUGGGGAGAAAGCUGCACAGAUCCUGAGGAUGACCUCUACGGAGACGACGAAGAUAUUGUCUAUGACCCAGGCUCUGAUCUGACAGAGAUUCCUGGUCUGCCAGAAGAAAACAAAGAUGACAUCCCUGCAAAGCGGAAGAUUUGCUUCAGCACUGCUCCAAUUAUAGUGUUCAACACUUAUUCCAAUGAGGACUAUGACCGUCGUAAUGAGGAGGUGGAUCCUGUAGCCUCCUCCGCUGAGUAUGAGCUGGAGAAGAGGGUGGAGAAACUGGAGCUGUUCCCUGUAGAGCUGGAGAAAGAUGAAGAUGGCCUGGGGAUCAGUAUAAUAGGCAUGGGUGUUGGUGCAGAUGCAGGCCUGGAGAAACUGGGCAUCUUUGUCAAGACCGUCAUCGAGGGCGGAGCUGCUGAGAGAGACGGCAGGAUUAAGGUGAAUGACCAGAUCGUGGAGGUGGAUGGGACCAGCCUGGUCGGCGUCACGCAGAGUUUUGCCGCCUCCGUCCUCAGGAACACAUCAGGAGUAGUCCGGUUUGUGAUUGGCCGAGAGCGUCCGGGUCAGCAGAGCGAGGUGGCCACACUCAUCCAGCAGACCCUGGAGCAGGAGAGGAGACAGAGAGAGCUGCUCGAGCAGCAGUACGCCCAAUACGACGCUGAUGAUGAUGAGCAGACAGGGGAGUACGCCACAGAUGAUGAGGACACGGGGACAACAGUGGCAGGUGGCGAGAAGAGCAUCGAGGUGUUUGACUUGCCAGAGACAGAGGACAUCCUGUCUCCGUCGGAGUUAGACGCCUCCAAACUCUACCAGAAGUUCAGAGAGCUCCAGAUCAAACACACAGUGACCGAGGCCGAGAUCCAGAAGCUUAAAAACAAGUUGGCAUCAGUGGAGCGAGAGAAGCAGCGGUGGGAGAAGGAGAAGAGCCAGCUGAAGGCCAGCAUCGAGGAGAACAAGGAGAGGAUGUUGAAGCUGGAGAGCUACUGGAUUGAGGCGCAGACCCUCUGCCACACGGUCAAUGAACACCUGAAGGAGGCCCAGGCCCAGUACCAGACUUUAGAGAAAAAGUACAACAAAGCCAAGAAACUCAUCAAAGACUUCCAGCAGAAAGAGGUGGAGUUUAUCCAGAAGGAGGAUGCAGAGAGGAGGCGACUGGAGGAGUCUGAGAAAGCUCACCUGGCUGAGAUCCAGGGACUGCAAGUCAGGAUUGCAACGUUAGAGUCGGAGCUAAUGCAGCUGAUGAAGCAAAACGGCAUCCAGGUCAACAACAACAACAGCAACAGUGCUGAGAGGCUCAGCGCUCAACAACACAGCCCCAACAUAGCUGCAGCACAAGCCAGAGACCUGAGGGAGGGCUCUCCCCACUCACCCAGCAAAAAGAAGGGCUAUAGAGGAGUCGCCCGAGACAGCAUCAGCUCCAUAGAGGGAGAGGUCUUAGAGGGACACAGCAGUCCAGUCCACAGUCGUUCUGGUUCGAUUCGUAGUGUGGCCUCUUCUGAUGGAGGAGUGGUGGCCCUUAAGGCCCCGGGCAGUGCAGAGAACUCCCCCAGACGAACACGACACUUGUCGUCCACUGUGGGAACGCACCAGGACGAUUCUCAGUCUGCUGCAGUGUCGAACCCCUCACGCAGGCGGGAUGAGCAAAGUCAAGCUCUUGACCCUGGCUCCAGUGAGCCAUCAGCAGAGGACAGUCCAGAGAAACUCAAGGCGAAGACCUCCCUUACAUGGCCCCACUUCUUCUCCUAUUCAUAUUACUUGGGACCUGCUUUGAACGAUGAUCUGAGUGCAAGCAGCAACAGCUCAGUGGAGAUCAGUGGCCUGAGUGAAGCCAAGAUGUCGGGACGCUCACACACCCUGGUGUUCUCCUCAGACGAGAUCCUAGAUGAGGGACAGUUUUCGAAGCAGUAUCAGUGGCAGAACCGCAUCAUCACAGAGUGGACCUCCCAGCAGGUGGCUCUCUGGCUCAUGGGUCUCAACUUAGAAGAUCAUAUCCCUGAAUUCACUGCCAAAAAUAUAGAUGGAGAACAGCUGCUACAACUGGAUAGUCCUGAGCUCAAGGCCCUUGGAGUAACCUCUUCCCAGGACCGGGCCCUGAUCAAGAAAAAGAUCAAAGACCUGAAAGUUCUGAUGGAGAAGGCCAAAAGGAACCAUGAGAAAGUGGAGAAACAGCGCGAGAAGCUACGAAAGAGAGAGCUGGAGCAGCAGCAGAAAGAGGCGCACAAAGAAAGCACGGCAGAGUGAAAUGAAUCUUUAGAUCACCUCCCGCUUUACUGUAGCACCUCACCAAGUAGCAUCUCAAAGAACAGAACGUCAGUAGGCCCCACAAACACACCCUGUGGGACGCCUACUUAGUAGUUCACUAGUUCUCAGUGGUGGAGCUCCACAUCUAACUGUUGGAGAGUGUUGAGUGACUUCUUCACCAAGCAAACUAAACCAAAAUGAGCAGUUGGAUAAUAGGAUGCUGCCCCUUCAUUUGCCUCAUUUUACACCAAUCCUUUGUUGUUAGCCAUGUAAGAAUUUACUCGGUUUUAUUUAUUUUGGUGUUUAUUGCUGUACAUUGGGUUUAUUUAUUCAUAUUCAGUGUAAAACCCUCAUCUCAUCCUCAUCCCAUAUCAUCUCCAGAGCUGUCUGUGCUACCCAUCACAGUAACUUUAGACAUAACAACUGUGUACAAUGAUAAAUACAGAUACAAAUAUGUCUAAUGUGCCAUUUUAAUAGACUUGCUGUAUGUAUAUCCUGUUCAGAUACAUAGAUCACUGGAACCUCUCUAUUGUUUUGAUGAAGAAUAUACAGGUCGGGCCUUGGUGGUGGAAUAUAUGAGGCAGUACUUAUGUUGCACCACUAGGUGUCCCCAUGCUGCUUACUGACACUACUGAAGAAGGCAACACUGGAACUUUAGUAACUGAAGCAGGAACCAGCUUUCUUUGGGAGAAACAUGCUGUCUCUUGACUGCAAGAACACUGGAAGUAUGAACACUGUAAAUUUAACCUCUGCACUGGCUUGUCCAAUGCUCCUUACAUAAUUCAUGUACCACACUAAAGCAGUUCUCAAACUAACGAAUGACAAGGACACACUGUACUCAUUGGACUGGUUCUAAUGAAGACUUCAGGUACAUUGUAAUCAUGAAAUUUGUAACAUACCGAACCCAUACCACAAAAGCAAUCAAACAAAAAAAAAAAGAUAAAAUGAAACUUCCUGCUAAUAUGCAUAAUGUUGCUUUGAAUCUGCUUGUAACCUGCUUUUGACCUCUUUUUAUAUUCUCUCUCAAUAACAGAGUAAUACCCGGCCACUGCCUUUAGAAAUUCUAGAGAAGUAGAAUUUUUCUCAGAUCUACCCGCUUCUGUGUGACUGUCGAAGCAAAUACAGUAGACUAAAUAUUUGUUGCUUUCUUUCAGAAAAAUCACAGGUUAAAGUUCACCAUGAAAAUGACUCCAGAAUACUUUGAAUAAUAUGUAGGAACGAUGCUAUAUAGAUGGUUUAUCUUUGUGAUCAGGUAGACAAAAGAAUGCAGAGGACAGCUGCAGCAAGGGCAGAAAUUGCCUAUAAGGUUACUGUACCUGAUACUCAUAUUUACACUGGAAAUUGCAACAGAUAUGUGCAAUGUCUUUUUUUUUCUUAUGAAACCAGUUCAGUAAGACAAUUAUUUUGAUUUACAUGUUAGAUUUUUAAAAAAUGAUUUUGACAUAUGUACUUUAUGCAAACAAUUAUUCUUGUUUUAGGAUUAUGAAGCUCACUGAGAGACAUGUUCCCUGUGUUACUUCUUUAUCAUUCCCAAGUAUCAUUCUGUAGGUUUACAAUAAAUAUAGAGACAGCGGUGUCACCGUGAUAGAAAUGAAGGCAGCUCUGGUUAUGAACUCCUUUUGUCUUUAAAGGCCCUGCCUGGUGUACUGUUAACAGGUUAAGAACAAGAAUAGGGUUACGGAUGUGUUGAUGCCUCCAUGCAAUGCCACAGGUAUCGAUCUGAUAUUGAUCUGUUAUUGUUAUUAUUUAUUUAUUUCUGUAUUUAAUGAAGCAACUGACUACUGUUUAUGAUAACAUACGCAAAAUAAGAGUAUUAUUAACACCUAAUAAUGAUUUAUCCAGAAUUGUAUGAUGACUUCCUUUUGCCAAAACAUAAUUAAAACUGUUAAUUAAAAGUGAUUUAUAUUCAAGUAAACUGUGAAGGAUAUAAGGUUUGGAAAUGCAAAGCUAGAAGAAAACUUACUCCCAUUGUGCUUGUGGUUUUAGCCUUCCUCUUAUACAACCAUAGUGCUGCUCCAGUGCUACUCCAAUAAACUGGUCAUGAUGUGUUCUUACAAAAUAUUUUUUAACACUUAAACCUUUCUGUGAAUACCCCCACCCUCUCAAGUCAGUCAGCAGACUGCACUCUUUUGACUCUUU